AUGUCAAACAUGCCGAUCUCGCAAGGUCAGUGUUUGUUUCGCGUUCGAAGGGCAAAUGGGCAUAAUCCGACCGUCAAGAACAGAUCAAAUGCGAUGAAAAGAAGCUUUCUUGCUCUCAAUGCUACAGAGGAAACCGGAUUUGCACUUGGCUUGAAGAGGAACCAAAGCGCACAAGAGCUUCUCGCAGAGCUAACGCGACAGCGUGUGAAGGAUGUCGCGCCAAGAAGGUCGGUUCCCAUUCAAGCUGCCAUGGAAUUUUAUCUCAGACCUCAUUCUUCCCAGUUGAAAUGUACCGAUGAUUUCGGCAAUGUAUGCGAAAGAUGUCGGGCACAGGGCAUCGAGUGUACGAGGUCUCGACCACUCACCGGCCCUGCGUCACCGGAUCUCCUGGACAACGAGUCGCAGCGCGCACGACUAGGCCAGCUACCAGAGGGCAAAGAGCUCGAGGAGAUUGUACAGUUAUUCUUCUCAUCUGUUCACCAUUUCGGCUUCUUCGCUUUUGUCCACCCUUUCCAUUUUCAAAGACUCUUGGUCAGUGGGAAAGCCCCGCGUGAACUGACCCUGAUGAUGAUUGCCAGUGCCUAUCGGUUCGGCGCUCCAAUCGCCACCGAAACUCUUGCCCGAGCAGAUGCGUGGGCCGAUGCAGCUAUUGGUGCUCUUCUUCCGCGUAUUUAUGAAGGAUUUGGAGCUGUACAACUCAUGACUGUACUCCUGGCGCAACACUAUGACUUUCAUCGCGGAAAGUUUACAUCUGCAUGGCUUCUGGGAGCUAGCUGUACACGCAUGAUGCAAAUGAUGUCUUUGCAUAUCUUCGAUCUCGCAUUCCCUGCAGACUUCCCAUCGCACCAGCGCCUGUCACCUCUUCUGUCGCGUGAAUCACUUCGUAGGAUCGCAUGGUCUACGUUCUAUCUGGACUCAAUGACUGAUGGGGGACGAUAUGGAUCCCAAACAAUUGACGAACGCGCCUACCGCAUCCAACUGCCCUGUGACCAAGAGAGCUUCCUGGGUGAUGACCACGUCGUUACCCAACCGUUAAUUCCAGAUGAUAUCAUCACCGCACAGAAAACAGGCGAUAGCCUCCCGCAUGCAUCCCUCGAUAUGUCGGCCUAUCUUUUACGCACGGCGGCGGCCCGUCGCCGCGGUCUACACUUUGCAUUCCGCGCCUCUUACCAAGAGACUACAGUUGAACAGCUGACCUCAGACCUAUUGGUAAUUCAAAAGGAUUUGGAGACUGUUUUUGCUGACUUACCGCGCCGAUUUCAGUUCAAUGCUAACAGUCUGCUCUUGCAUCGGGACCGAUUGCCAACAUUUAUCAUGCUACACGUUUUGCGACACAAUCUGUUCGUGAUUUUGGGUCGAGCGGCACUAACUAUCUAUUUACGAGAUCCCACCAAGGCCGAUCUCAUAAACGAAGUACGCCGCGGUAGAAUUUAUCGGGCUCUCUCUAUUUCAAAUUUGAUCUCUGCGGGACUAAACGAGGAACUCAUCUUUGAUCCACAUAUUGGCGUACAGGCCUACGUUGCUCUUGAAAUUCUCCUUUUUGAGCCUCGUCGGUUGGGUAGUCUUGAGGAUUCGAACGAUUUCAACACUCCGACGUUGACAACAGGAAUUGUUCACUGCCUCACAGUCAUACGAGACAUCUCAAUCCGUUCAACAACUGCGAAACAUCUAUACCUUGAAGCAAUACACCGACUCAUGAAUUGCGGCUACGUGCACCUCCUCGACCCGACUGACCUAGAACUCAUACGCAGCAAACAUCCAUUAAUUGGCCAGGACGAUGCAGAAUUCGAUUUUCGCGAUCACCGAGGAGCGAAAUUAGAACGUCUUAGCAAACUCAGUGGAAAAUCUAAUGCGAUUAGCGCUACUCAUGAUGAAAUAUUACUCGAUGACUCUCCGAGUCGAGAAAGCCCCAACUCUUCGAGCAUCUCACCCCAGCCUGACAAUCUGGGGCUGAGAAACCGCCAGCAGCCGCCCCUCGAAAUCAGUCUACAUGCAUCUGAAAUUUCCAGAAUGCACGAUGCUACACCAGACGUCAAUAUCGCAGAUCAUGGGUUGCCUCUAGAUGAACAACAGUGGACAGAACUUGUGGAGUCCGGGAAUACAGACCACAUGUUUUCAUCAUUCAACUGGCUAUGGUCGCUCGAUGAAUGGAAUGGUUAG